AUGGGCUCCCAGCAGCAAACGCCCAUCCUUAGGGUUGGCAUCAUCGGGUGCGGCGAGAUCACUCAGGUAGCCCACAUUCCCAACCUCAACUUCCUUUCUCAUCGCUACCAAACCACCUACCUCUGCGAUAUCUCACAACAAGCUCUAGAGCACUGCGCCCGAAAGGUGCAGGGAGGAACGCCCAAGACAACGGCUGAUGCAGCAGAACUCUGCUCUUCGCCAGACGUCGAUGUGGUAGUCAUUACCAACGCUGAUGCGUACCAUGUCGAGCAUGGCCUCUUGGCGCUCAAGAACGACAAGUACACCCUCAUCGAGAAGCCCGCCUCCGUCUGUUUCCGAGACUUAGAUCGCCUGGUCGAAGCCGAGAAGACGUCUAAGGGAAAGGUCAUGGUUGGUACCAUGCGGCGUUUCGCAACUGCAUUUACCGAUACGGUGAAGGAAGUUGGCGGCAUGGAGAAGAUCCAGUACGCAAGAGUCAGAGACAUUAUCGGACCCAACUCAACAUUUGUCGACCAGUCCGGCACGUUCCCGCUAAAGUUCAGCGACUACAGCGAUGCAGACACUAAGGACAGGCUGAAGCGGGAGGCGGACAUCUCUGAGCAGGCUCUGGCGAAAGAGUUUGGAGUUCCCGUUACCCCUGGUUCUCAACUGAUGCUACGACUUCUAGGAGGACUCGGAACCUAUGAUCUCUCAGCCAUGAGAGAAAUUGUUGGAUUACGAGGCAGAAAAGGGGCCCUAUUAGGUAGUUAA